AACCACCAGCCCGGUAAAGCCACGGAGGCGAAUCGGUGAGGCAGCCCUUGUCGGCUUCAGCCUGGAGGGCAUCUCCCGGUUUUGUCACCCUGAGCUGGUGCAGCAGAAACAGCAAUGAUGGUUGGGUUCUGCUGGUGCAAUGGGAGAGCCCUGCUUGGCACCUGGCUUUCUGGCGGGGGUUUGUGGCACCCACUGCCAUUGAGGAGGGUGAUGGUCCUGCAGCAGCAGCAUGGAGAAACCAGUGGCUCUUCCCCAAAGCAUUACCAAAGCUUGGGCUGUACAAGGGAGGAGAAAGGAGACAAGCCAGAGCUCCAUCCCUCCAAGGUCCUAGCGGUUUCGGUAACAUUUCCAGAUGCUGGCAUCCGCCCCAGCCCCUCCAGCAAUGCAGGGAGCUCAGCACUGCACGCAGAGGGCUGUCGUGUUCCAAGGAAAUGUCCCCGGAUGAGAGGCAUGGCCAGAACAGAGGGUCCAGCGAAACGCCAGCGCCCGUUCUCCUGGCAUUCCUGGAUCUGCUGCCAGUGGGUGCCAAACCCAUUGGGGACUCCGCUCACAGCCCCUCUGCUGGCCUGGGUGAGGGGGUUUGGAGCAGGAUGCCUCCAGGGCUCCCAACAAUUGCAUGAUCUGGCUGGCUGCCAAUUUCGGGACAUUCUUUAUACUGUACCGAAACACAGGAACCAGCUGGUAAAGGACAUUGUGCUACAGUACAAGCACGGCUAUCCCAAAAGCUCUUCGCGGGCUGCUGCACCGCAAGUUGCAUUUCUCUGUCCCAAACUGAACCGCUGCAGCACCUGCCACCAAAAAUCAUUGGUAACCGGCAGCCACACCUCCUUUCUGGGAACAAAACAGCCCCUUAUUUUCAUUUUUACUGCGUCGUGAGCCAGAAAUUGGGUUUUUCCCCAAGUUUUUCCCAGUCGCACACCUCCUUGGGUGACGAGACCCGUUCCAGUUUCACCACGCAGAUGUCAGACGUGACCUAAAAGGUGCUAGAUCUUGCUAUGUAUCACCAAUUAAUUCUGGUUUCAUUGCUCUGUGAUAGCUGGCUCAUCCCAAGGCGAUGACUGGUAGCCAGAUGCCUCCAUGAAAUAUCUCCAGCAGUGGAGAAAAACUGCUCGCUAACAUGUUCUUGUUGUUUAUAUAUCCUGCCAGCUCUGUUAAUAUGAAAUUUCCACCGCUCUGAUACUGCUCUGGAUGAAGACAUGACGUUUGCCUGGUAAAGCAAACCUGGGGCUCGUCCCCCAAGCCCUUCUCUGCUGCUCCAGAAAACCAAACAUGGUUCAGCACUCUCAGACAAGCCACUCUCCCCAGAGGGAGCCCGGGAGGGACAUAUUCCUCAUCCGAGCUCCCCUUUCCUGAGGCUCUGGGCGUGCUGGCUUGGAGCUAGAGGCUUUCCCCAAAGGCAUCACGCCCUUCAGGUGUUGGGGACCUUUUCUUUCAAACUAUUUAACCUCAAACUUCAGCCCCUGGAGACGCCUGGUGUGAAAGCCCAGAAAGCAAAUUUUCCCUCUCUAAUUAGAGAGGAAUCCCAUACGUUGCUGAUAGUUGUGACACUGUGGAAGCUGGCAUCAUUCAGAGCAGAGCCGGCAUCUGGCACCUGCCUUUCCCUUGACUUCAGGAGCACAUUGCCUGUGACGCGACUUUUAUUCUUCCUCUCACGUGUGCAUAACAACUAUUUUUAUUCGGGGCUUUAUUUAUCUCCCAUUUAUCAUUCAUUGGGUAAAAUUACUCCAGUGGACGCGCCUCUGCUUGUUUAACUUCCUUCUGGCUACUUGAAUCCAAGGUCUCCUUCCCAGCUGGUACCGGCAGGGCCGGUUUUGCCAGGCAGCACACGGCAUGGGGCUUGACGACGCCACUCGUGCGUUGGUUUGGAUCCUCCUCUCUGGUGCGCUUGCCACCCCGAAGUGCUCGAGGGCUUGAAACAGGAAGGUAAAGAAGGCGUAUGGUUUAUUGCAAAGCUUUGCGCUACACAAGGCAAAGGAGGAGGCGUGUUUAGAGCAUCGUUAGCAUUGUUUAACGGGCAGUGCGUCCGUCUGCUCCCGGUUUGUCAGCCCACAAGGUAUACACUUGGUUAUUUUUAAAACUGACGAUAUCCCAAUGUCAUCAGUUCCCUCGCCUCUCACAGAAACACCCUGCUUGUACACCAGGAGGCAGUUGGUAGCUUUAUACCAUCAUGUUUCUUACUGAAUCAAGUACCGUUGUGGUUUUUUUUUUAAUAUUUCUCUUUUUUUAGCUUUUUUUUUCCCUUUGGGACUGUUGCACCUUUAAAGCAUCCUGAUCCGGCAGAGCUACCUGAGGUCCUAGAUAAAUGGCCUCCCUACAGACCUGUGUCAGGUUCCAUUCGUCAGCCUUCCUUUCUGUGAAACCUUGCCCAUUAGCAUUAAUUAUUUCUACCUUUAAUUCUUUAUUGCCAGGCUGCAGUACCGGCCUCUCUGCCACCUCACCCGCAUCCAUGUCAGGUUAAAUUACAACGCUUUCCGCUCUGACCUUCCUCUUUGCUCCUUCCCUUUGGCGGCUGUGUGGCCGGUGGGUCUCUGCCGGCCUCAUACCUCCGCCAACAGAGACGCUGUGCCGGGUUGAACCCAGAAGACCUGAAAGCUCAUCCUGUUUUUUCCCACCUUGUUCUCCAACAAUUCCUGUCUUGAUUUAAGCCCAUGCAGGUCCAAGGGGUCGGCUAGGACGGGAUAUGUGCCAGAUAUACAUGGAGAGGGGAGGUUUUAGGGCCAGAUGCUGCUGCCAUCUGUCUCCCUCAGCUUGCCAGGCUUCCCUGCUGCACCGGUGCCCCGCGGGCGCUUGGUUUGUGGGUGCCACGUUAUUCAUUGGGAAAUGAGCCAGAGCACAAGAUGAGGGGGAAAAAGUGCCCCUUUGUUUCCUUUCCCCGCUUCCUACAGCUUCGCCAACUGCUUUGUUAGAAAUCUCAGGACCCCUGCACUCGGGGAGAGGAGUCAGAGGCUUCCCCUGCCGCCAAGUUGCAUCUCCUGCUGUCUCCAAUGGAAAGCACAGGAGGGGAAAGGCGUCUUCAUCUGAUUCCCCAGGAUACAGCCAGGAAACCACAGCAGUGUCGUGAAGGAGUGGGUGUGGAAACCCAGGUUUAAAAAAAAAACAAACCCAGAGGCGUUGUGUGGGUGAAGUCCUGCCAUCCCAAGUGUUCAAGGUCUUGGUGUGUUCGGUUUGGACCGGCAUCGAUGCUGAGCAUCAUGGCAGUGAGGAAGCCUGGGUCGCUGCAGGCGUCAGGGUGUCUGCCAAUGCAGGAGAGACCCCGGGGAGAGCUGGCUCAUGCCUCUGCCCGUGGCCAUCAGGUGGAGAAGCUCCAUAACCCACCUAGCUGGCAGGUGCUGUUCCCCCAAAAUGCGGGAUCCGGUGCCCUUUGCUGGAGAAAGAGCAAAUCCGCGUGUCGGGGUGACUCUGGCACUGCCUUCCUCUCCCUGCAUCGGGUGCCACCAGACCGAGAGCGAAGGAGCCACUUGAUUGCCAGCAAACUCCUCUGCUGGGUUUGGGGUUUUUUUAUACUUCCCUAGAGAAGAAAAUAAUUUUCUUGCAGCUGCUGUUCCCCUUGCACGGGAAGACGGGACGUGAAGCCUCGCCUGGGAGAAGAAGCAGCAGCAGGAUGCUCCCAAGCAGAGGCAAAGAGUUAAGAGAUCUCAUUUGGUGACCUUGGGGAUGGAGCCCAGAACGUGACUGUCGAUGAAAUCAUGACCGCCUACAAGCAAGCCUGCCAGAAGCUGAACUGCAAGCAAAUACCCAAACUACUGAAACAGAUACAGGAAUUUAAAGAUCUGGCUCCCAGGAUAGACUGCUUAGAUCUGAAAGGGGAGAAGCUGGAUUACAAAGCCUGCGAGGCGCUGGAAGAAAUUUUCAAGCGGGUCCAGUUCAAAAUUGUCGAUUUGGAGCAAACGAGCUUGGAUGAAGAUGGCGCCUCAGCGUUAUUUGAUAUGAUUGAAUAUUAUGAGUCGGCAACGCACCUCAACAUCUCCUUUAAUAAACACAUCGGCACCCGAGGCUGGCAGGCAGCUGCCCACAUGAUGAGGAAGACAAACUGCCUCCAGUACCUGGAUGCCCGAAACACACCCUUGCUGGACCACUCGGCACCCUUCGUGGCACGCGCCCUCCGCAUCAGCAGCAGCUUGAUCAUCCUGCACCUGGAGAACGCCAGCCUUUCGGGACGCCCGCUCAUGCUGCUAGCCACGGCUUUGAAGAUGAACAUGAACCUGCGGGAGCUGUACCUGGCCGAUAAUAAGCUGAAUGGGCUGCAGGAUUCGGCUCAGCUCGGCAACCUGCUGAAGUUCAACAGCUGCAUACAGAUACUUGACCUGCGGAACAACCACAUCCUGGACUCAGGCUUGGCGUACAUCUGUGAAGGUCUGAAGGAGCAGCGGAAAGGGCUGGUCACUCUGGUUUUGUGGAACAACCAACUGACUCACACUGGCAUGGCCUAUCUGGGGAUGACGCUGCCUCACACACAGAGCCUGGAGACCUUGAACCUGGGCCACAAUCCCAUUGGGAAUGAAGGUGUCCGCAACCUGAAGAAUGGGCUGAUCGGGAACCGCUCUGUCCUUCGCCUGGGCUUGGCGUCCACCAAACUGACUUGCGAAGGUGCUGUGGCAGUGGCGGAAUUCAUCGCGGAGAGCCCACGGCUCCUUCGCCUGGACCUGCGAGAAAAUGAGAUCAAGACAGGUGGCCUCAUGGCGUUGUCACUGGCUCUGAAGGUCAACCACUCGCUGCUGCGCCUCGACUUGGACAGGGAGCCCAAGAAGGAGUCGGUCAAAAGUUUCAUCGAAACCCAGAAGGCUCUCCUGGCCGAGAUCCAGAAUGGCUGCAAGCGCAACUUCAUCCUGGCCAAAGAGAAGGAGGAGAAGGAACAGAAGCUGCAGCAGUCAGCCUCGAUGCCGGAGAUCACCGUGACGGAGCCUCUGGAGGAGGAUCCAGUAGAGGACAGCCGAGACGGCAGUGCUACCUCUGCUCCGGAAGAGGGGGAAGAAGCCAGGGAGACCCCAACGGCCUCGGAGAAUGGGGACACGGAGCCAGCGGAGGAUGGCGAUGACGGAAACAACAUGACGGACUCUGAUUCGGACACAGAUGAGGAGACGGAUGCUGGGUUAGAGACAAAGGACUUGAGCAAAACGCUGCUGAAAAGCCCCAACUCCACUGACGGUGCUUCCGCACCCCAGCCGCUGCUGUCCCUGGAGAAGCCGAGGGAUCGGCCGCCCCCCCUGCACAUCGCUGAGGAAUCGCAGCACGAUGCCAGCGUGGGGAGUCCUGCCAUCUCUCCGGCCUCCACACCCUCCCAAGGAAACGAGAGAAGGAUUUCGGUUUCCAGUCCCGGGCGAGGCCAUAAAAUCUUCGUGGUGACGCGAGUGGAGAGCCUGCCGGAGCGAGCCACCAAUGCUGCGCGCCCAAGGGAGGACACCACUGCCCUUGCAAAAUCCGUUGAGUCCCAGAACCUGGCUCUGGCCACAAAACCUGAACUCCUGGCACCCCGGGCGAAUGGAACAGUUCCUGAAGCCGCUGCCGGCUUGGCAACACCACCAGCAGUGCCGAGCAUCGGUUCCGACCCCAAGCGGGGUGACCCUGCGGUCUGCGAGAGCUCAGCCCAUGACACUCCCCUCCCCAACGGGCUGAAGACGGAUUUUGCGCGAGCGCUGCCGGAGGCAUCCUCAGAUGGCGAUGGCAAAAUGGGGAGCUGCACUGCUGAGCACGAGCUGAGCUGCUCCAAGAACGAGCAGGAGCUGGAGGAACUGCUCCUCGAGGCCAGCCAGGAUGCAGGGCAGGAGACCCUGUGACCCCAGGUGAGCGGGGACAGGGGUUGGGGACAGCCCUGGGAGCAUCCCAGAGGUCCGGGGACCCCAUCGUCUCUCUCUCUCUCCUCUCUCUUGCAGGUCCUCAGGGCCGCUCGGUGUCGAGGGGAGGCUCUGGCGUAGCUUUUUUCUCUUCCCACUCCACACAACGAUUUAAGAAACCAACCUCGGACUUCAGGACAAAGGGUUAUAUUCAAAUCUUUUUUUUCCCCAAAACAGUUUCCUGCUCCCGGACUCUCUUCCCCAGAUGCCCGAUUCGCCUCCCCUGAGCGGAGGGACCCUGCCGUGUCCCCAGGGCGAUGGAGGGAAGGGAAGGAGAGCAGAGAAAAAUGACCCAGAUGGGGACGUCGCCGUUCCCAGCUGUCCCUGCCCUCGCUGGACACUACCUGACACCUUCGCCUUUUCUUUUUCUAUCUUUCUCCGAGGAGGAGAUCCCAUGCUGGGGCGAAGGCGGCACGGCAUCGGUCCCACCGGGAAAUUCAAACCACACACUACAGGGACUGAGACACUGGCGGCACGUGCUGGGAGGAGAAUGGAGGGUUGCACCGUCAGGCUGCCAUCGCCCAUGGAGAAUGUCUCUCACUAAAGAUACCCAGGACAGGCUGUGUCUGCAGCCGCAAUGGUUAUUUAUUUUUAAGUUCCUUUUUUUGUUUGUUUGUUUGUUCUCAGUAUAUAUUUAUCAUCAGCUGCAAAAUUACUGGGUGGGGAUUUAGAGGAUGGUGUUAGAAUUAAUUAAUUCCUUCUGGGCUAACCUGCAACUGAACUCCUGCUCUGGGGCUGCCAGAAAAAAAAAAAAUACAACCAGAAACACAAAAAAAAAGCCAGCA